GCAACAACAAAUAGAAGCGUCCCCGCCGGGUCCGAGCUAAUCUAGGAAGCUGCCUGAAAUGAAACUUCAUUCUUUUCCCACUAAGACUGCUUUAACGGCUAUCAACAAAAAUGGGUUCCCUUCAGCUCAGGCACUUCCCAAUGCCAAACCAAAUGGUGAACAGUUCAUGUCAAAAUUGCUUGACAGAAGGUGGACAUUGCUCAUUCCUGAUACCAAAAUUCAUCAAAUUACGGUCUCCUUCACAGAAGGGCGAAAAGGAGGGGGAUUGCUUAGCAAUGUUUCUUUCUCAAACAACAAUCACCCUCAUCUUGGAAAGAAGAUGUUUGAGGACAAUCCAGGCUCAUCAUUCUAUAUUGUUAGGGAUGAUUUAUUGCACCCCUUUGUCAAUGGCAAUAAAGCAAGAAAACUUGAUGGACUGCUUCCUCUCAUUGAAGAUCAUGGAGUGACUGAUGUGGUUACAUGUGGUGGUUGUCAAAGCGCACAUGCAGCAGCUGUUGCUGUUUCUUGUGCAGAGAGAGGACUGAAGUCACACUUGCUUCUACGAGGAGAGCAACCCCAAAUUUUGACUGGCUAUAACUUGAUUUCAACAAUCUAUGGAAAUGUAACAUAUGUUCCAAGAUCCUUUUAUGCCCACAGGGAAGGAAUGCUACAGACACAUGCUAGUAUGGUUGCAGGCAAUAAUGGUAGUGUCGUAUAUUGCAAUGAAAUUAUUGAUGCUUCUCUAGCAUCCCAGACAUUGCAGUUUUCAAAGUUUGUGCAAAUGGAUGCUCCUAGGGGCACCGAGAACAACUCAAAUAAGGUUGCGAUAGUCAAUGAAGGUGCUGGAGAUGCUGUUGCAUUACUAGGUCUGUUUCGUCUGGUUGACUACUUAUCUCAAGAUCAUUUACUUGGAAAAACGAGAGCAUUCAAUUUUGUUGUGGAUUCUGGUACUGGGACGACUGCUGUUGGUUUAGGCCUUGGUGCCAUGUAUCUAGGGCUUCCAUGGAAGAUUACUGCAAUAAUGUUGGCUGACACAAUUGAUUCAUACAGACAACAAGAGAGGCGAUUAAUUGCUCAAUUCAAGAGCCAAUUUUGUUAUCUUCUUGAUAGUCACUUCCUUAAUAGAGCUAAUGAUGGAAUUGUGAAUUGGGUGGACCGUUUCCAUCCGAGAAAAUUUGGCAACAUUUUGGAAGGGGAAAUCGAUGCUUGCCAACAAGUUGCACAGCAAACUGGUAUCCUAUUGGAUCCUGUAUAUACCUUAGCUGCUUGGGAAACGGCGACACAAAUUACCUGUGCAUAUGAAGCUGAUGCCAAUUUGGUUAUGCUUCACACCGGUGGUACACUUGGCAUGUUCGGACUAGCACAGAGGUACAAGUCACACUUUGGUAAGCUGAACAAUGCAAUAAAGAGUUGAUUUUGUGAUCGAAUCCGUAAGAGCUUCGUGUUAGUAGAAGCCAAAAACCAGGGUAAGAGGGAAAAAUAAAGGUUCCUACUAGUUGGUAUUCAAACUGAAAAGAAAGACUUAAGUUUCUGCAAAACUUUGAGCUGAAUCUGGUGUUCAAACUGGGAGUCAUAUCUGUGCAAGUUCCAGAAUACUGACAGAAGUAAACAUGAGGUGGAUAGCAUUAACUUGGCAUGUGAUGAACUUAAAUUCUGUGUUUGAAUGGCAUGGCAGCCGUUUAAUGCUGUGGCAGCCUCCAAACUUUUAGGGUUUAUUUUUCAUUUUAAUUGAAGCUUUGAAGUCACUGAAGCAGGGAACUGCCCCUGCCACUCUCAGUUCAUGCAUGCGGCUGCUUUCGCUGGUCUUGGUUCAGUUGCUGCUUGUUUGAUUGAUACGGUCGCAGAAAAUGGCAUUUAA